CCCCCGCUCCCCCCAUUCCCUAUUAGAAACCCCGUAGCCGUAGGCACUAUAAACCCUAGAGAUUUUACCCCAAAAUUCGUGGUAGUUAGUGGUAGAUUAGAACCCGUAGGUGUAUCAGGGGUUCGAAGCGGCAAGAUUGGAAGAAGGGCCGAGCAAAUCAUCUGUUCAAGUGUCGGGAUUAGCGUUGGGGAAUCGCAGCAGGAGUUUGGCGAGAUCUCCAAUAUGCGUGAGCACAAGGAAGCCAAGAGGGCGGCCCUCUCUGACCUCUCAGGUGGGGGCUUCUUUAUCAGGAGGGUGUCCUCGCCGGGGGCUCUUGCAGGGAGAGGGGCUGGGAAGCCGCUGCCAAGGCGGUUCUUAUCACCCUCCAGCAACAAGGAGAACGUGCCACCCGUUUGGGCUGUGAGGGCUAAAACGUCGAGGAGGAGGAGCCCACUUCCUGGUUGGCACCCAAGGACGCCUCUCCGUGAUAUCACGGUGAUUGUAAAGGCCAUUGAGAGAAGCCGCUUAAAGAUUGCUGCAGCUCAGCAGCAAAGCCAAAGGCCUGAGCAAUCUCCUCAACCUGGGAACUUGACGACUCCAGUACCAUCAGAGCAGGAGGACAUUCGUCAUUGUGCUGAUGCUCAGGACUCCCUGGCUGCUGCGUCUGGCAGUGGAUUAACUCAAAUUGUUGCAAGCCCUGCACCUAGCAUGGCCGAGCACAGCUUUGAGGUCUAUUCCUCACCAUCCAAGAGCUCAAUGAAGACUCCAUCCAAGCCAAUUGAUCCAGCACUCGCUGAUCUCAUGGAGAAGAAGCUGUCUAGCUCAAUAGAGCAGAUAGAGAAGAUGGUGAAGAAGGACCUGAAGCAAACUACGAAGGCUGCUCAGCCUUCCAAGAGGGCCAACCAGAGGCGUACUCUGAUGUCAAUGCGAUGAGCCAAGUACUCUACUUCACAUUGGGGAGAGGAGGAAGUCCAUCUCAGACUAGUCUUCCAUCCAGACACUCUUGGCUGCUGCUUUCUUAGCCGCUAUUCUGACCAUCCAAUCCUGCUCUUCUCCUGUCUUCCUUUCAAACCGAGACUUAUCAUAGCAUGUUCUCUGCUUGAGGACCAGGGUUUAUGGGCAUUUUCGGUUCUCGGCUUGAGGACCUACCGACCUAGGUUUAACAGCUGCUAGUGUCAGGUUUAUGCUAUCGCAGUAGUACUAUGCAUACUUUUGUCGUGUAUCCUAUCACGCUGCCGGACAUAUCCUUGUUUUGUGCUGUAGUCCGCUGUAAUAUUACUAUAAAUCACUUCUUUUUGUGUAUGAUGAUAGAGGACAGAAUGUUGCAUUGGUA